AUGACCAUCUUAUUUCUACUGCUUUCAACUGUAAUGUGGAUGGUAAACUCUACACAUCUUUCUUACACGAUACAGGACUACCAAGCCCUGACCAAUAGAUUACUGGCUAACUACUCUAAUAAAAUCCGUCCGAUUUUUGACCAGGGACAGACUCUGCCUAUGGAAGUCAGUUUGUGGAUAUCGAGUAUCAAUGACGUCAACGACGUAGCUCAGAAGAUGGUCACUACCGCAUACUUGGCCGUGACAUGGACAGACGACAUGUUAACUUGGAAUUCAACAGAAACAGGGAUUUAUUGGAUGCAGUUCAACCAGAAAGAUUUAUGGAUUCCGGACAUCGUGCUGAGUAACGGAUUCACGGCUUUCAAACCUCUUGGUGGUGAUUUCUAUUUUCUUUAUGUGGAUAGCGAUGGAUCAGUUUCUUGGUAUCCGUACAUGGUGUUUGAAUCCAAGUGUAAAAUCGAUGUUUCAUUUUAUCCCUUCGACUCACAAACGUGUAAAAUUAAGUUCAAGACGUGGAGUUAUAGCCGAUAUGAAGUCAAUCUAACAGUUUCUGAAGAUAAGCUAGGUUUUUAUGACUUUGUGGAAAACAGUGUAUGGGAAGUAACGUCGACAGAUGCAGUAAAUGACUUUGCAAGCUAUGAACCGACAGUGUCAUUCAUAGUACAUCUAAAGCGAAAAUCUUUGUACUAUAUCAUGAAUGUGUUUCUUCCUAUAAUUUUUCUGGGUAUCCUCAGCCCCGUAGUGUUCAUAAUCCCUGCUGAUGCUGGGGAGAAAAUGGGUUACGCCGUGACAAUAUUCCUGACCUUCGUCGUGUUUCUAACUAUCGUAAGUUCGAACCUUCCAGUUAAUUCUGACAGUGUCUCCUAUAUGGGAGUUUACCUCAUCAUCAAGCUUCUGUUUGGAGCUUUGAUUAUCGUCAUUACGUCAAUACAACUACGCAUUAACCAUAGGAAGCCAGAGAGAGAAAUUGGGAAAGUGUUUCGUGCUUUUGUUAGACAAGAGCGUCGUCUACGGUGUGCAGGUAAAAACCUCCCGGUAACGGAGGACAAAGGAAAGGCGAGGGAGGCAAUUGAGGAGGACAUUAGCUGGAAUGACGUGUCCUCCGCAAUAGACUUUUAUUCAUUUUGGUUCCUGGUUCUUGCAGAUAUAGCAGUAACUUCCUCCAUAUUUACAUAUACUGCAUUGAAUUAGCUCACACACAUUGAUGAUAAAGAAACGUACAAUCAUGAACU